AUGCAGACGACCGUGGCCGUCGCUGACGAGGUCCCCCACAGGUUCAGGAUCGUCCCACUGAGGGAAACACGAGGAGCAGUCCCUCUGUUGUCUGAGAGCACUGCUCGCGACCCCCCGGCUUCGAGUCAAAACGGCGUGCUGAGGGAGUGGGCGGCGAAGCUACGGCAUGUGCGGACUAAAUCUACCGGCUCGUCCCUCUUAUCUGCCAAGAAGGCGCUCUCUGCGUCUCUUGAUGCGCCCGCUCCGUGCGCCGAGUCUGUGGGACGCAUCACAGUGUCCACGGAAACCAUCCAACGAGUUGACGCUAUCCCAGAUCCAGCGCGUCGUAAGACCGUCGGCUGGAUACAGGCCACGGCGCUCGAGGCAAUUAAAGACGUCGAGGACGGGCAAGGCGCACGUACAACCUCCCGGCACACAUCCAUCCCCGCAGGCAGGAAACGGGCCCGAUCGUCCACCAUCUCCGAAGGAGCCCCCGGACGGCGCACCACGGACGGGAAUGCGCUCGUCGCCUCUCGUGCCCGCGCGUCUGACCGCCUGGAGCGGGACCUCGGCACGCGGCGACACGCGAUCUACGCGUUUCCGUCCCGCGGUGACGACGCCCAGUUCGCGGGGGGCACGACGGACAAUAUCGUCGCGCCGUCCUACUUUGAAAGUCCCCCGCCCCCGCUGCCCAAGCGGGAGCCGAUGGACGCGCUUGGGGGAAGCGCUCAAUGGUCUGGCGUUGGUACCUUGAAGUCGGCUCUGCGACCCACUCGGACUGUACUAGGUGACCUUGACGUGAACGUCCCGUUACCGCAGUUUGUCCCGGCCGUGGACUCGACGACAUACCCCGCCCGUCCCGCUCCUCCUGCUGUUCCCUUUCGCGUAUCUCUCUUGCCGCUGAACAUCAAGAAGAAACGCGACACCAUCGACGAGGUCAUCCGGGCGGGCCUCGCCGCCGCCGCGGUCACAGAGGAUGCGGAGAAGCGCAGCCUCGCUAUCAUGUCUGGACUGGUGCGAGAGAUUGAUGCUGACAUCCGGUCGUGGAACAACAUCUCGUUACAUCUCGUUAUUUCUUCGUGA